GACCUGGUAACGUCAUGAGCCAGCAGCACCUUACAAAGGAUUCUUAUCAGUGGGCGUCACCUACUUAAACGAAUAGUGGGUCAGACCUGCUGACUCUGUCAAGAAUUAGGUGUUGUGCACUCGGGGAUUAGUCCUAAUAAGCUUCCCUCGUCUGCCUCACUUGACAUGUCUUGAGGGCGAAUGCCGCCCGCCAUUUGGGCAACUUUAGGCAGACUAUGGACAGGAUUUGUUACCUACUAGUUAUAGUUUUGCUUCACAUUCCAGGGUAUGAAAGCUUUUCUCAAUGUUUGCGGGGGUGUAGCUGUAUAGAAGACCGUCAUGGAAGGUCUCUCAUAUGCAUGGAGGAGAAUGCGUUCGGGGCCAUACCAGAGAACAUUCCUCACGAUAUGACCAAAAUCAGAAUAGAAAAAUCACACUUCACUGAAAUCAGGCGUGGGGCUUUCUUCGGAACGCCCGCCUUAGAGAACUUGUGGUUGAACUUCAACGACAUCACCCUGAUCGACUCCAAGGCCCUGGAAGGUUUGGGCAACCUGACCGAGCUCCGCCUGCAAGGGAACAAGUUGCGCUCCAUGCCAUGGACGGCGUUCGAGGACACCCCGGGUCUAAGGAUCCUGGACCUGAAGCACAACCAGCUGGACGUGCUGCCGGAACACGCGUUAAAAAAUUUGCCGGAUCUGACUUACUUAGACUUAUCCUUCAAUCGGCUUACGGUCAUAUCCAAGGAGGUCUUCCAAAACUGGCCCCUAUACCAAAAGAUGCAGAGCGCAGAGCAGCAGGAGGCGAGCUCCUCCGGGCCGAACGUCGUCCUGGCGCUCCACGACAACGCCUGGCUGUGCGACUGCCGCCUCAAGGGCUUCGUGGAGUUCAUCCGCUCCCUCAGCCCCCCGGUUAUUCUGAUGAACUCCUACUUGACCUGCUCCGGGCCGGAUUUUAGGGCGGGCAAGUUCUUCCAUGAGGUCGAGCCGCAGGCCUGCGCGAAGCCCGUGGUCACCACCCCGUCGGCCAACGUCAGCCUGCCGCUAGGCGCCAACGCCACGCUGCGCUGCCUCGCCAAGGCCCGGCCGGACCCUGCGGUGUGGUGGACAUAUGGUCUGAAGAUAAUCAGAGGAUUUCAUGAGUCUCAGGAGAGGGUGGAUGAAGACACAAUCAGAUCUGUCCUGGUCAUCCCUUCGCUCCACGCAGCCGACCGCGGCGUCUACACCUGCGGCGCCGUCAACUUCAUCGGAAACUCCUCGGCGAACAUCCACGUGGACGUCGUCUCUCCCGACGGCUCCCGUUCGCCUUCCCUUCCCGUCUUACCGGCAGAUGACGAGAACGUCUACAUCGACAUUCGUAUCGCCAAACAGAUGGUGCGCGGCAUCUCCAUCGAGUGGUUCGCCGUCUUGGAUCGCCCCGACCAGACGUGGUUCACUAUCCAUUUGGGCCGUGCCAACGCCAAAAAGAAGGAGACCGUCUACGUCGGCCCGGGCAUCCUUUCCUACUCCGUCUCCGACCUGAUGCCCGCCACCAAAUACGAAAUCUGCGUGACGCUUAAGAACCAGACGCCGCGGCCCGGCCAGUGCGUGGCGUUCGUCACCGGAAGCGACAUCACCGAGAUGGAGCAGCGGGAGAAGCUGAUCCACAUCGUGGUCGUCAUCCUCGCCAUGGUGCUUGCCGUGCCCGUCGGCAUGUACGCCUGCACCGCCGACGUGAAGUUCACCUGCCCGCGGGGCCCGAUGGCGUUUUGGAAGAAGCGGCGUGGCGAGAGGGGAUCGGCCGGCUUGGAGCGCGAGAGGCAAGGAACCUUCGACAGCCUGCAGGCAGCCAGCGACGAGGGCCUGGUCCGGAAAGAGUCCAGUGAGGACAGGAAGGUGAGGCGGAGGUCAGAUGACAGGCCGCUUAAGAGCAAGGCCGACCACAGCAGAAUCACUGCAGAACUAUACUAACCAGCACCAAACACUCUAUGCUUGUACGUGUGAUGACGUGGCGCCAUACCCUGCUGACGCUCUCUACUCUCUCCUCUGUUCUAGGGCGGGAGGUUUGUUGAAAAGGUGUGAUUGCUCCCCUUUCUGUCAAGAUUGUUAUUCAAGGGAUUGCACCAGUGUAGAGAUGUACGUCAUGAUUUUCUCUUUCUGAAUUCAUCCUGUUAUUAUACCGUAUGUUUAUGAUUGUGGCUGCCUUUGCGACCCAAUUGGGAUACGUAGCGCAUUUACUGUUUCUACAGCGGUUAUCGUACACAAUUUUGUGUUAGCACGUUAAAGAUUCACGGAAUCAUCUUUUGUAGCGGGGGAUACGUUCCGGAUCCACCUGCGAUAGCUGAAAAUCUGUGAGACCAUAUAAGAAACUUAUUAAAACACACUUAAAUGUAUUAAAACAACACUCUUAUAAAAUUGUUCUCGCUCUCUGACUCGCUCAUCAGUGCUCCAAACAAGGGGGAAAAAAGUUUUGCUUCAACCUGUUUAUUUGUUUACAGCAAACAUUGACCCAUCAAAUAAACAAAAUGAAACAUUGCAUAUGUAAACACCGAAAUGUUCAAACAAAUUAAGUGAAACAAAAGUGUCAUAGAUCGGCUAACAGGAAUUAGCAUCGAUGUUACAGUAAUUAUAAAAGUUAAAAAAAACAAAAAAAAAACACAGAGCAGCAACGCAUACAAACAACUGGUUGUAUUUUGUUUUUAAGGCAACCAGAAAAUUGAGCGUUCUUCAACCUUGUGAAGGCAGAUCUCUUUUUUGAUCCAGCUGUCUACAUUGGUUGCUCGUAUCCCAAAAAAUCAACACAAUUUAGACACACGUGUAUUUUGAUUGAUGCAUUUUUAAUCUUGUAUGAACCCCAUCAUAUGAUUGGAAAUGAUUUAUUGAGCUUGCACUUUGCCAAUUCAUCCCAAUGCAAUAAUUGUCAUUAAUAAAGAUUUCAUUUUGUGUA